GCCCCGGGCAUGUCGUCCAACUGCACCAGCACCACGGCGGUGGCGGUGGCGCCGCUCAGCGCCAGCAAGACCAAGACCAAGAAGAAGCAUUUCGUGUGCCAGAAAGUGAAGCUAUUCCGGGCCAGCGAGCCGAUCCUCAGCGUCCUGAUGUGGGGGGUGAACCACACGAUCAAUGAGCUGAGCAAUGUCCCUGUGCCUGUCAUGCUAAUGCCAGAUGACUUCAAAGCAUACAGCAAGAUCAAGGUGGACAAUCAUCUCUUCAAUAAGGAGAACCUCCCCAGCCGCUUUAAGUUCAAGGAGUACUGCCCCAUGGUGUUCCGGAAUCUCCGGGAGAGGUUUGGGAUUGAUGAUCAGGAUUACCAGAACUCAGUGACGCGCAGUGCCCCCAUCAACAGUGACAGCCAGGGCCGCUGUGGCACGCGCUUCCUCACCACCUACGACCGACGCUUUGUCAUCAAGACCGUGUCAAGUGAGGACGUGGCCGAGAUGCACAACAUCCUAAAGAAAUACCACCAGUUCAUAGUGGAGUGUCACGGCAACACGCUCUUGCCACAGUUCCUGGGCAUGUACCGCUUGACCGUGGACGGCGUGGAGACCUACAUGGUGGUCACCAGGAACGUGUUCAGCCACCGCCUCACUGUACACCGCAAGUACGACCUCAAGGGCUCCACUGUCGCCAGAGAAGCCAGCGACAAAGAAAAGGCCAAGGACUUGCCAACGUUCAAAGACAAUGACUUCCUCAAUGAAGGACAGAAGCUGCAUGUGGGAGAGGAAAGUAAAAAGAACUUCCUGGAAAAACUGAAACGGGACGUAGAGUUCCUGGCCCAGCUGAAGAUCAUGGACUACAGCCUACUGGUGGGCAUCCACGAUGUGGACCGGGCGGAGCAGGAGGAGAUGGAGGUGGAGGAGCGGGCCGAGGACGAGGAGUGCGAGAACGACGGGCUGGGGGGCAACCUGCUCUGCUCCUACGGCACGCCCCCCGACAGCCCGGGCAACCUCCUCAGCUUCCCCCGCUUCUUCGGCCCUGGGGAGUUCGACCCCUCUGUUGACGUCUAUGCCAUGAAAAGCCAUGAAAGUGCCCCCAAGAAGGAGGUCUAUUUCAUGGCCAUCAUCGAUAUUCUCACGCCGUACGACGCGAAGAAGAAAGCUGCCCAUGCCGCCAAGACAGUGAAGCAUGGGGCGGGGGCCGAGAUCUCGACCGUGAACCCUGAGCAGUACUCCAAACGCUUCAACGAGUUCAUGUCCAACAUCCUCACGUAGUUACCUUCUACCUUCAGCCAGAGCCAGAGAGCCGGAUGUGGGGUCGGGGUCGGAAAAGGGAGAGGGCGUAUUUGGGCUGGAUGGGAGGGUGGGGAGC